CUAAACCCCCGGGGAAUGAGGGGGCGGAGGGCACUGAGUCAUUCGCCAACUGACUUAAUCCCUGCGAAAGGAGCAAAACACAAACAGCCGCGGAGUAAGACGGGACGGGAGUCCAGCGCCGGAGGGAACCUCAUGGAGAGAUCGGGCUCCUGGCAGCUCCUGCUGGCGCUGUGGGUCGCCUUCUCCGCGUUGAGCGUCGUCAGCGGUGAUUUAUGUGAUGUAAACCAAUGCCAGAAUGGAGGAACUUGUCUCACGAACCUAAAUGAAUCUCCUUUCUUCUGUAUCUGCGCAGAAGGCUUUACUGGGACUACCUGCAAUGAAACUGAGAAAGGUCCAUGCCACCCGAAUCCAUGCCAGAAUGGUGGGGAAUGCAAGCAGAUUCCCAACCGGGGUGAUUCCUUCAGUGAAUACAUGUGCAUAUGUCUUCCCGGGUAUAAUGGCAAACACUGCCAGAAUAACAUGAAUGAAUGCCUUUCACAGCCCUGUAAGAAUGGAGGCAGCUGCCUGGAUCUGAAGGGCGACUUUGCCUGUAAAUGCACAUCGCCCUACUUGGGGAAGACCUGCCAUAUCCGCUGUGCAGAUGCACUGGGCAUGCAGACAGGAGCUAUUGCGGACACUCAGCUUACAGCGUCUUCUGUGUAUUAUGGUUUUCUGGGUCUGCAACGCUGGGGGCCUGAACUUGCCCGUCUCCAGAACACAGGAAUUGUGAAUGCCUGGACAUCCAGCAACUAUGACAGAAACCCUUGGAUUCAGGUCAAUCUGUUGGAAAAAAUGAGGCUCUCUGGGGUUGUUACUCAAGGAGCAAGCCGUGCAGGCAAAACAGAAUACGUCCGGGCCUACAAAGUUGCCCACAGUCUAGAUGGACGAGAAUUUGAAUUCUAUAAGGAAGAGAAUCAAAAUCAGGAAAAGGUUUUCUCAGGCAAUGCGGACAAAUAUAGCACAGUGACCAAUAUGUUUAAUCCUCCAGUCGCCGCCCAGUAUUUUCGUAUCUACCCACUAGUCUGUCGUCGUGCCUGCACUAUGAGGUUUGAACUGAUUGGCUGUGAAAUGAAUGUGUAUUUCAACAUGGCAGGUUGUUCGGAUCCACUGGGGAUGAAGUCCCAUCUCAUCUCUGAUCAGCAGAUCACAGCCUCCAGUGUAUACAAGACAUGGGGCAUUGAUGCAUUGGCUUGGCACCCCUACUAUGCCCGCCUUGAUAAGAAUGGGAAAAGCAAUGCCUGGACAGCCCUCACCAACACACAAGGCGAGUGGCUUCAGAUCGAUCUUCAGAGACAGAAAAAAGUGACUGGGAUUAUUACACAAGGAGCCCGAGAUUUUGGGCACAUUCAAUAUGUAGCAGCCUACAAAGUGGCCUACAGCGAUGAUGGGAAGUCCUGGACUCUCUACAAGGACAUCAGGACAAACAGUACCAAGGUAUUCCAAGGCAACCACAACAACAGCUCGCACAAGAAGAACAUGUUUGACGUGCCGUUCUACGCUCGCUUUGUCCGCAUCUUACCUGAGUCCUGGCACAACCGCAUCACGUUGCGGGUGGAACUUCUGGGAUGCGAUGAGUAGAUGGUUGACAACAGGAGGGAUGGUGUCGAGAAUUGGACUGCUCUACAACUCCCUGCACGUGCUCUUUCCCCCUUUUUCCAGAGAUCCCACAGGGCUUACGUUUCCAGCAUCAUCUCCUCUGUAUUUUAAUUUUGCACCAUUUAUAAGAAUGUCUCAUCUUUCACAGGCUGGGCAUUGCCAAAUUUCUAGAGGUGAUACCAGGAGCUCGUGAAAGAAGGAACCUCAGUAUGUCCCACCUGAUCCUUUUCUUCCCCCUUUGCUUUCUGAAAUUAUGGGGCUGGCUCUUUAGGGGCUGGCUGCCCACUCUGUAUGAUUAUGGUGGGGCCCCCUCAAUUUCCCAUGGGUUCCUAGCACUGCACUUUAAGAACCUCUUUCUGUGGCAGGGCUCUCUAUUUCUAAGGUCCUGCCAAGUUUUGGGUUCUCCUGGAGCAUGACCAUACACUGUAGAUGUAAGUGGGUUUAGCAGUCGUUCCUUCUCCCCAAGGCACACUCAGAACUAUAAUUUGGGGAAGGUUUGAGCUCCCAAGCAGAGAUCCUCACCUUCCUCUAGAAGUUACAGUUCUCGGGAUUCUCUUGUUAGACAGCUGAUGUGCAUUUCAUAGGUCUGGACAAAGGAACAGAUAGUUCUGCCACCUGUCCGUGUUGCAGAUUAGAUAGCUGUGCCCAGUUCUGUACGAUUUUUAUUCCGCUUUUAGAGUCACUGAGGGGAAAGAAGUCAUCUUUCAUCUUUGCUAACCCUUCUCCUGCCUGAGAAACGUACAGCUGGCCUCUUGCAGCUCCAGCCAAUUCCCGCCACGUUUAUAUUUAACUCUGCAACCAUGAGGGCUAGAAACUUUAUUCCAUUUUUAUCAGUGAGAGAGAGAUUUUUCACUUGCACAGAUUCUGCAGAGUUGUCCUCUUCACACUCCCUCCCCCACCCCCGUCUUCUGAAGCCACUCAACACCUUCCUCUCCCCAAGUACAUAGACGUUUUGCUGCCUGAAAGAUCCAAAGUGUUUUUCUUCCUUCCCUCAACCAGUGCCACAGCUUCCAUCAAGGAUUCUACACUGUUGUGUCAACGCCAUGCUUGGCAGAGGCGCUAAGAAGAAACAGAAUUUUCUGGAGGGGAAGAAAAGCAUUUAAAAACGCAAAUAAAUGUGGAACAUUCUUUUGGAAGGGCUGGGGGGGAGCAUUGGGACACAUGUCUUUCUGCAAGACAAAGCUAGUCAGUGGCUUUGUGGGGGGGGGCAGGGAUGGGGAUGGGCAGGGGGCCCAGUGUGAAUUCUGGAAGUAAUUAACCCAGAGCAAAGGAAUCCAAAGUUGUAAGACAUGCUGAUGGCGGCUGUGACUUCCCAAUGGGACGCAGUGUUAAAGAAGGACAGGCAAUAUUAAAAACAAGAACUCUG